AUGUCUUCCUCUUCCAGUGAUGAGUCUGAGCAUGUUUCUACCAAGGUUGACAGCCCCACCAAGUCGUCCUCUUCCUCAAAGAGACUGGAGUUUCACCCAUCCCUUUUUGUCACUAACAUCAAAAAGAACAUUCACUUUGUUCUAGAGAUGGAGAAAGAUAACUACACCAUACGGGAUGAAAUGUUUGAAGUUCACGCUCGUGCUCACAAAGUGGUCCAUCACAUCAUUUCACAACCAGGAAAAGAAAAACCCGCCUCUACUGAUACUGAUUUUGAAAUGUGGAUAACCCUUGAUUCCACAGUGCUCCAAUGGAUUUAUUCCACCAUCUCCCUUGAUCUCCUUACCAUGUUUCUCAGUGCAACUCCAAUAAAUCCUCUCAACAAAACUCCAAUCAUCAUCAGAACAACCGCUAUGGAUCUAGCCGCAACCGCAACAAUUGGGACUGCAACAGAGGGUGUGGAUAGUGUUGUGGUUCACACUCUGAUGGUCCCCCAGCAACAACUCCCUCUCAUCCUUUCAGUCAUGGUCUCCUUGGGGAUGAAACCCACCUCCUUGGGGUAUACCUCCUUUCCCUUACCCUAUAUCUCAAUGGACUCACCCUACCGGAACUUUGAAGUAACCAUGCAUCCUAGGUUAGUGCCCUCAGGCUCACACUGA